AUGCGGCUCUCAUCCCUGUCCACACUACUCUUCGCGGCGUUCGCCUGGACUGCCAGCGCCGCCGACGAGGAGGGAGAGAUCAAGAGCGUUUCGUUGAGGACGCACACACUCGUUCAGCCAUACCUCGACAAUGAUAUGCAGAGUCGAUGGUUCGACUUUGGAGGAGAUACUAUUGUCCGCACAGACUCAUAUAUCCGCCUGACCACCGAUGCCCCUUCGCAAGCCGGCUGGCUGUUUUCGCGCGUACCGCUUACCGCUACCAACUGGGAGGUCGAGGUCGAGUUCAAGAUCUCCGGAAAGCACCAGCUAUACGGUGAUGGCUUCGCCAUGUGGAUUACCCGCCAGCGAGGACAACAGGGCGAUGUCUUUGGCCACACCGACAACUUCGAGGGUCUUGGUAUCUUUGUAGAUACGUACAAGAACAACCGCCCUGGUGUCGUGUUCCCCUAUGUCAUGGCCAUGUUCGGUGAUGGCCAAACCCCCUACGACAAGGGCAACGAUGGCAAGAACACGGAGCUGGCUGGAUGUUCGGCCCGUGGAAUCCGCCAUUCCAGCAUCCCGACCAAGAUGCGCUUGACGUAUUUCCAGGAAAAGCAGCUGAAGUUGGAGCUGCAAUACAAGAAGGAGACUGACUGGAUGACCUGCUUCGACAUCGAAACGCCCCCUGCCAUCCCCAACAUUGCCUACCUUGGCUUCAGCGCUGAGACUGGCGAGCUCAGCGACAACCACGACAUCAUUUCUGUCAAGGCCAAGAACCUGUACAUGAGCCCCAGCACUGCUGGCAGCAGCAAGUCUCCUGGUGGAAAGGGGCGCAACAAGAACAGGGUGACCCCUCCCAAGCAGGGUGGCAGCUGGGGCUGGUUCUUCGCCAAGAUCCUGAUCUUCUUCCUGCUUGUUGGCGGUGCCUACGUAGGGUAUACUGCGUACCGCACCAAGACCAAGACCCGUUUCUAA